UCCCCAGUGGAGGCCGGGGCAGUGGAUUUCCUGGAUGGCCCCGCUCCCGGGGGCAGAGCUGGUCCAGAGGCCGCUGCAGCUCUACCGAUGCCUGCUGCGCUGUUGCAGAUAGCUGCCAACCAAGGGUCUCCAAGAGCAUCACAAACAUGCCGUAAGGCAGAAUUUCCUGGUCCACGCCGAUGGAGACGACCCCAGAGAAUUGCAGAUUAUUCAAAGAGCCGUUGAAGACGCUGUCUGGGUCAUGAACAAAUACAAGAAACAAAACAGAAUCCUGGACCAGAAGCUUGAAGCCGCCCUGAAGAUACCAGAGGCCGCUGCCCUCCUGGGACCGACCCCCAGCGCCAUCUUCGGAAGACAGGAAUUCGCCCAGGCGCUCUGA